UAUCAGAACGGAAAAUGUAUCAUCAGGACAGGAACUCACAUUUUAGAGUUCAAAUGAUGGCUUUGACAAGGCCAAAAAAAAUAAAAAAAGCAGAGCUGGAUACAAGUGUAGCCAGCCAAGCCAACAAACGAUGCCACAUGUUUUGAAGCUGGACACGACUUGUACAUUUUAUAUUCUAGCCCAUUCCCUGACGCGCUAGCCGAAUCGCGUUGCAUUGAACGUUCCAAAUGGGCCAUUUUGAAGGUAUUCCAGAUAGUCAAGCCCAACACAUCCAGCCCAAAUGUGGGCACAUAAAUAUUACAAGAUAAGUUUCAAUUACAAUUAUGGGCAUUGAAUCUUCUACUCAAGCAAACACAAGCUGCACGGGGUAGAGGGAGCUAUUCCUUUUCUGUUUUUGGAUAAACAUAAGAGCGUCUGCAUCUGCAAAGAAUUGAAUGUACAUUUCAACUGGCCUUUCAUUUAAUGACAACCAUCCAAUCUAUUCAUGUUUCCUCAACAUGCUUUCUCACCUCAACGGAAGAAACAAAGAUUCAUGGAAUUUAAAGCCUAACGCCUGCACCCACAUGCGUUAAAACUAACCUUUAUUUCUCGUGAAGCAGGCCCUAAACCCCCUCCUUCAGCUCCUCAAGCAACCACACUCUCUCCCUCUGCCAUAACAAGCAAUCCUCGUGAUGAAGAGCUCUUAUAUUUCACGAGUUUCAUCUUCUCUCUCAGAUCUCCCUAACCCAGUUUUGAAUUCUCUUCAGCACCUUCAAAUACCCCAACUAUCCUUUCACCAAACCAUGCAUCCAGCUUCUAGCUUUGUUUUGCACGUAUCGCUUUAUCCAUGGCACCCAAGAUUUCGCUUUUUGUUUCUGUUUUUUUCUUCUACUUCGUUUCCCUUCACGCAGACACUCUUCAAACCUACAUAGUUCAGCUCCACCCACAUGGAUUAGCCACCUCUUUGUUCACUUCUAAGCUUCAUUGGCACCUUUCAUUCAUUGAACAAACCAUUUCCUCUGACGAAGAUCCCUCUUCUCGCCUUCUAUACUCUUACCAUUCUGCCAUGGAAGGUUUUGCUGCUGAACUCUCUCAAUCAGAGUUGGAGUAUUUGCAAACGUUUCCUGGGGUAAUUGCAAUUAGGCCUGACAGGAGCUUCCAACUUCAGACAACUUACUCUUACAAAUUCUUAGGACAAAACCAGCCCACAAGUGGAGGAGCUUGGUAUAGCUCACAUUUCGGUUAUGGAGCCAUAAUUGGAGUCCUUGACACUGGGGUUUGGCCUGAAAGUCCAAGCUUUGAUGAUCAGGGAAUGCCCCCGGUUCCCAAGAAAUGGAGAGGGAUUUGCCAAGAAGGCGAAAACUUUAAUGCUUCGAAUUGCAACAAGAAACUUAUUGGUGCGCGGUUCUUUGCUAGGGGCCACCGUGUGGCUUCAAAGUCAUCCUCACGAAAUUUUAUUCAGCAAUAUGUGUCACCACGGGAUUCGCAGGGGCAUGGGACUCACACAGCAUCAACAGCUGCUGGAGCUUCAGUUCCAAUGGCAAGUGUGUUUGGAAAUGGAGCAGGCGUGGCACGAGGAAUGGCCCCCGGUGCUCACGUUGCUGUAUAUAAAGUUUGUUGGUUCAGUGGCUGUUAUAGCUCUGAUAUCUUAGCGGCAAUGGAUGUUGCAAUUAUAGAUGGAGUUGAUGUUCUCUCUCUAUCCCUUGGUGGCUUUCCAUUGCCACUUUUUGAUGAUAGCAUCGCCAUUGGUAGUUUUCGAGCAAUGGAGCAAGGAAUUUCUGUUGUAUGUGCAGCAGGAAACAAUGGACCACUCCAGAACUCAGUUGCUAAUGAAGCUCCUUGGAUAGCUACAGUUGGUGCCAGCACACUUGACAGAAGCUUUCCAGCUACUGUUCGGAUGGGUGAUGGAGGACUCCUUUAUGGAGAAUCCAUGUACCCCGGAAACCAAUUAUCCAAUCUACAGAAAGAACUUGAACUAGUUUAUGUGACAAGUGGUGAUGAUAGAGAAAGUGAAUUUUGCUUGAGAGGGUCUCUCCCAAAGGAAAAAGUUCGUGGCAAGUUGGUGGUUUGUGAUCGAGGUAUCAAUGGAAGGGCAGAAAAAGGUGAAGUUGUGAAAGAAGCUGGUGGCGCUGCAAUGAUUUUAGCAAAUACAGUGAUAAACCUGGAAGAGGAUUCUGUUGAUGUCCAUGUCUUGCCAGCCACAGCGAUUGGUUUUGCAGAGGCAGUUCGUUUAAAGGCUUACAUAAAUAACACAAAGAGGGCUAAAGCUCAAAUCAUAUUUGGAGGAACUGUUACUGGGAGAUCAGAGGCACCAGCUGUAGCACAGUUUUCAGCCAGAGGACCCAGUUUAUAUUGUCCUACCAUCCUGAAACCUGAUGUAAUUGCUCCUGGGGUCAAUAUAAUUGCUGCCUGGCCUCAAAACUUAGGUCCAAGCAGCCUUCCGGAAGAUUCAAGGAGGGUGAAUUUCACCGUCAUGUCCGGGACUUCUAUGGCUUGUCCCCAUGUCAGUGGCAUCGCUGCACUAAUCCACUCGGCACAUCCCAAAUGGACCCCUGCAGCGAUUAAGUCUGCACUGAUGACAACUGCUGAUACAAAUGACCAUUUUGGAAAACCAAUCAUGGAUAGGAAUAAACCUGCUGGAGUUUUCGCUAUUGGAGCAGGUCAUAUAAACCCAGAAAGAGCCAUUAAUCCUGGACUGAUAUAUGAUAUUACACCAGAUGAAUAUAUCACUCAUCUAUGCACUCUCGGAUACACAAAAUCAGAAAUUUUAGCAAUCACACACAGGAAUUUGAGCUGCCAAGAAAUUUUGCGGAUGAACAGGGGUUUCAGCCUCAAUUAUCCCUCCAUUUCUGUAAUCUUUAAGAAUGGAAAGACAAUCAAAAUGACCAGAAGGCGACUGACAAACGUGGGGAGUCCUAAUUCCAUCUACACACUGGAAGUAAUGGCUCCAAAGGGAGUCCAAGUGAGAGUUAAACCUCAAAGGCUAAUAUUCAAGAAAAUAAACCAGAGUUUAAAUUAUAAAAUCUGGUUUAUAUCAAUGAAUAGAAGUCCAGGAAAAGAUCAGAUGAGCUUUGCACACGGGCACUUGACAUGGGUUCAUUCUGGCAACAACAGCUUUUACAGGGUUCGAAGUCCUAUUUCGGUGACCUGGAAGUAACAGAAGCAGUGGUUAUUUCUAAAAGAUAGUUUGCUUUUGCUUUCAUAUUGUUAUUCACUCCCAUGAUAUAUGUUCAUGGAGAUCAGAGGCCAAAAUAUAUGGCAAAAACUUAAGCCUUUUGUCAUUCA